AUCGGAAAUAGAAACAGUAAUAUAUUUCCGCAUUUCCGCUAAACAAUGGCCGGCUUUAAUCCAGUAGAUAUGGUUGAGGAGGAUGCGGCUGACUUGCAGUUUCCCAAAGAGUUUGAAAGUGCCGAAACACUUUUGAUUAGCGAAGUACACAUGCUGCUGGAGCAUCGAAAGAAUCAAAAUGAAUCCUCAGAGGAAGAGCAAGAGUUUUCCGAAGUAUUUCACAAAACGUACACCUACACAAACGAGUUUCGUAAGUUUCGCAACAAGGAAACAAUUGCGAGCGUUAGAAGUUUGCUUAUGCAGAAAAAACUUCACAAAUUCGAGCUUGCAGCCCUGGGAAACCUCUGUCCGGCAUCACCGGAAGAAGCAAAAGCUCUCAUCCCCUCGCUCGAAGGCCGCUUUGAGGACGACGAACUGCAGCAAAUAUUGGACGAUAUUGGCACGAAGCGUAGUUUGCAGUAUUAGUCUAUUUCAACCUUCGGUCCUUUAGUAGGGCACGUUGUAACUAAACGCAUCAGCCAAGCCGGUUACUAUAAAGUGAAAAAAAAAAAUACAAAAA